AUGCCGUUUAAUUUUCUUUUAUCUUAUUUCUCAGUAUAUUCCGACUGUCCUCUUGGUUUUAUGAGAUUUCAAGAAUCUUGCUAUGCCAUUUUACCAGUAAAAGUUUCCUGGGCAGAAGCACUGAGAUUAUGUCAGGCCUUUCAAGCCAAGUUAGCUUGGAUAGACAGUUCAAUAGAAGAUAAAUUUAUUGAAGGGAUGCUGAACAGAUACCACGAUUCCAUAGCAACAGCAGAGGUGUGGAUGGGAGGCACGGACAUGCUAAUUGAGGGCAUAUGGGUGUGGGCAGACACAUUAAAGCCAUUCACCUACACAAAUUGGUUUCCAGGAGAGCCAAACAAUGAACAUGGACAACAUUGUCUCGGAUUGUUCCGAGAUAAAGGAUUCAAAUGGGACGAUAACCGAUGUGAACUUAAAAUGGCACCACUUUGUAAGGCGGCGGCAAAUGUUCUUGGGAAUGAGAUAAUUGGAUAGACAUCAUUGAAAUCUUAAUAUAGAAAUACUUAUACGCCAUA